UGCCGUGCGGCUGGGCCGGCCCAGCGCCGCGCGAGCGUAGGGGUUCUGUAACGCCUCUCUCUAGCUCUCUCGAGCUCGUCCAGUGAGUGUGUCUCCAGUAGAGCUAACAAUGGCGGACUGGGAAGCAGUUCAGGCCAGUUUAGUCGCUCACAACCAGGACCACCUCCUCAAAUUCCUCCCUGAGCUGGACGAGGGCCGGAAGGCGGAGCUCUACGCCGACAUCCGCGGCGUGGACUUCGCCAGGUUGGGGCGCUACUUCGCCAAGGCUCGACAAAGCCUCUCCAACUGUCAGGAGAAGAAAGACGAGCUCCUGAAACCUCUGGACAGCUCCAUAUAUGGCUCCACUGCCAGAGACACUGCUCACUCUACUCGCUGGGCCGACACGGGUCUGAGGGUCAUAAGUGAGAACAAGGUGGCGGUGCUGCUGCUAGCUGGAGGACAAGGUAGGUCUGCACAACCUGGAGAGCUAGACUGUGACAUCAUGUGAGGUCGACAACUUCAGGCACGAGGCUUGGAGUGAACUAUCCCAAGGGGAUGUAUGACGUGGACCUCCCAUCGGGGAAGACUCUCUACCAGCUUCAGGCUGAGAGGAUUGUCAAACUUCAAUCACUAGCAGCGAGUCAGUCUGAUGACAAGGAUGUUACUAUUCCAUGGUAUAUCAUGACCAGCGAACACACCAAAGAGCCGACAGAGAAGUUCUUUGAAGAGCACAACCAUUUUGGACUGACUCCAGAAAACGUUGUCAUUUUCGAACAGAACACUCUUCCCACACUAGACUUCGAGGGCAGGGUGUUCCUGGCAGAGAAGCACAGGAUGUCCCGGGCACCGGACGGGAAUGGUGGACUCUACGCAGCUCUUGUUCAGCCUGAACAUGACAUACUCAAGGACAUGCAGGAUCGAGGUGUGCUAUAUGUCCACGUCUACUGUGUCGACAAUAUCCUAGUCAAGAUGGCAGAUCCUGUCUUUGUGGGAUUCUGCGUAGAGAAGGGAGCUGAGUGCGGGGCAAAGGUUGUGAAGAAGGCAUCCCCGACAGAGAGAGUGGGUGUGGUUUGCGAAUGCGACGGCAAAUACCAGGUGGUUGAGUACAGUGAAAUCAGCCAGAAGACGGCAGAGAAGAGAAACAACGAUGGAAAUCUGACUUUCUCUGCCGGCAACAUCUGCAACCAUUUCUUCACCACUCAGUUCCUGGGGAGAGUCUGCAGGGAUCACGUGGAUGACCUCGUUCACCAUGUUGCCAGAAAAAAGAUUCCUCAUGUCAACGAUGAGGGUCAAAGAGUGGAGCCGGAGAAGCAAAAUGGAGUGAAAAUGGAGAAGUUUGUUUUCGACGUGUUUCAGUUUGCGAAGAGGUUUGCAGUGCUGGAGGUCCUGAGGGAGGAGGAGUUCAGCCCUCUGAAGAAUGCCCUCGGGGGUGACAAAGACACUCCAGCCACCGCCAGGGCUGCUCUUCUGGACCUACACUAUCGACAGGUGUUGGCAGCAGGAGCAGUGUUUGUGGAUGAAGAUGGGAGGAGGCUGCCUCUCAUUCCUCAUCGAAAUUCAACAAUAGACAGACAGGAACUAGGGAAGAGGGGUAGCCAUGGAAAUGGGGGUGUGGUCUGCGAAGUAUCUCCGCUACUCUCUUACAAUGGAGAGGUAACCACAAUGUGGCGACAUAAUAAUUACAGUGCUCCAAAUAAGGGUUAAACGGAACCUUUCUUGGGUGCGCCCUUACUAUGAUGUCCUUAGACCAGGGCUUCAACUGUAAGCAGGUGAUUUAGUGAUUAUACCUUGGGUGCACCCUUACUAUAGACCUAUAUAGCAACAAGAAACAAGAGAUUACACUUUUCACAUGUAAAUAUUAUUUAGUGCUUGCUCGAUUCGCUGUUGGGAUUGGAUGUGAAUACAUAAAUUGAGGAUGGGCAGACACACUGCUGGG